UAUUGACGAAUGGAAUGUGUACUGCUCGCUGCUGGUUUGCCCCAGUUCAAACGCGGAAGUGUCAAAACUAGCUUUUCAGUGAACAUAUCGGCAUCGCGCUGACAAUCAAAUAGUUACAGUGUCAACGUCAUUACAUCAUCAAAGAUUUACAACGUCAAGCUUUUAAUGACUGGAAACAUGUUCCGCGUCGUUCGAUGUGCUGUGGUGAGACCGCUCUAUUGGUUUCGAGGCCUAUCAACAGCUGAUGCGAAAGAGAAGGGAGACGAGCCGAAACCAAUCAGCGCUAUACCGAGGGUGAAGGGCUGGCCAGUUGUAGGCACUAUGUUUGAGUUCGCGAGAAACUACCGUGUUGGGCAUGACAUGCUCCUCGAACGUCACAAAAAAUUGGGGCCAAUUUUUCUGGAGGAUACGGGAGGAUUUCAACAAGUUCACAUUUUAGACCCAGCUGCACUGAAAGAAUUUCGUCACCAAGAUGGAAAAUAUCCUGUCAGGAUAGGGUUUCCAGCUUGGGACGAAUAUAACAGGGAUGCUGACCGAGCGGAUGGGCUUUUUACAGCACAGGGAAAGGAAUGGCAUCGACUACGGAGCGUGAUUGACAAGCCGUUGAUGAAGUUGAAGACAGUUGAGAGUUACGGCGAGGGGUUCACCGCUGUCGCUGCCGAUUUGGUCGACAGAUUUGUAACUCUCAGAGGGACCAAUGGAGGAGUCGUGGAGAAUCUGGACGUCGAACUCUUCAACUGGGCUUUAGAGUCUAUAUCGAUGGUCCUAUACGAGAAACGCAUGGGCUGCCUGUCCGACAACCGAAGUGCCAAAAUCAUCGAGUUUAUUCAAGCAUCACAUGAAAUGACUGACAUGACCAACAAACUUAUAUUAUUUCCUCCCAAAUUCUCUAAACUGUUCAGGCGUAAAGAUUGGAAAACGUUUACUGGAAGCAUGGACACUCUAUUUAGAAUCGCAAAGGAAAGUAUUGACCAGAAGAUACAGGAGAUAGCUGACAAACCGGAAGACGAGAAUGCAGGUGUUCUGGAACAGAUGCUGGCCAAGGGGGUGUUGACGCCAAAGGAGGUGUACGCCAACAUAACACAGCUGAUGGCGGCGGCAGUUGACAGCACGUCACACACAGUUCAGUUCCUGUUGCAUGAAGUAUCCAGGCAGCCAGACAUCCAAGGGAGACUACUGGAAGAAGUGGAACGAGUUGUGCCCCCUGGGGUCAAACCAACCGCUAUACACUUUCGCGACAUGCCGUACCUGAAGGCUGUCAUUAAAGAAACCUUGCGUCUGUAUCCGAUAGGUAGCGUCAUUAUGAGGAACAUGCCCAAGGACGAUGUCAUCAUGGGGUACCACGUGCCAGCGGGGACAAUGGUCAGUGUUGCGUUGUAUGCCCUUGGACGACAAGAAUCCGUGUACGAUGACCCUUUGACCUUCAAACCUGACCGCUGGAUGAGGGACAAUUUGGAGGAGAGACAGAAACUCAACCCCUACACAUUUCUGUCGUUCGGGUUCGGGCCUAGGAUGUGUGUUGGACGCCGGAUUGCUGAAAUGGAAAUCCAGACGCUCGUGUCCCUUAUCAUCCAGCGGUUUGAGCUCAAGCUAGAUGAAGAUAAACCGGUCGAAAUCAUUUCAAAACUAUUUCUUGUGCCAAAACACCCAGUGAGGAUCAGAUUUACAGACAGGAAGUGACAUCAUAAUGGCUGACAUAUUUGUCUUUUACCUGUUUCUGCUGUCAUAUAUUCAGUGUGGCAAAGAUAGUAAGUACAUAUAUAUAUUUAUGUUGAACUGGUGUGUCCUUGACUAGUUCUUCAAUAUGGACACAACGCGCUCAGCAAUAUUCCAGCUAUAUGGCGGUGGUCUGUAAAUGAGUUUGGACCAAUACAGUGAUGAACACCAUGAACAUCAAUCUACGCAAUUGGGAUACGAUGACAUGUGUCAACCAAGUCAGCGAGCUUGACCACCCGAUCCUGUUAAUCGCCUCUUACAACAAGCAUUGAUUGCUGAAGAUCAAUUCUAACCCGGAUCUUCACGGAUAUAAACGACAUUGAAAAGAACAUUUUGCACCACACGCUUUUUGCAGACAGUGACGUUUCGUAUGUGAGUAGGUUGAAAAAGUAUUUCAGUAAUCUAUUUAUGUUUUGCAUACAUGCUGAAGCCUCAAAAUUAAUGCAGCCGUUUGAACAAUUACAAAAUGUUCAUUCGAAAUAUUUCAACAUCUACUUGAAAUAUUUACAUCACUGAACGUGCAGGACUUAAUAAGAUUUUCAAGGUUAUCAUUCUUAGUGUGGCAGCUAUUUUGACCACUUUUGUAGAUUUCUUUACCCGAUACUAAAAGCACGGACUUGAUAUACAACGUGAAUGGAGGGUGUAAUCUAUAGGUGUUGGCGACCAAAUGUUAGAUUAAAUCUUAACGUUCUACACGUACACUUCUUAGAUCAAGCCAUAACAAUAUUAUUGUACAAGAAGAUACAAAUAUAAACAAUGUACAAGUAGUGAAAUACAAUUUUAAAGUAUUUUAUAUAAAUACAUUUAUUCUUCAAUAUACAUGUCCCAGUUAAAGUUCUUUCAUUAAAACCCAUACAAUGAUAAGUGUAUGAGUAUGGUUUUACGCCGCUUUUAGCAAUAUUUCAGCAAUAUCACGGCGGGGGACACCAGAAAUAGGCUUCACACAUUGUACCCAUGUGGGGAUUCGAACCCGAGUCUUCAGCGUGAGGAGCAACUCUUGACUGCCCUCUCGCCCCUACAAUGACAAGUGUUGCUUCCAGUGUUUCUAGCUUUGGUUCAAAAUAAGUUUAUGCAUAUUUUAAUGUGGUGCUGUCAUAAUAUGGAUAGAUAUUAUUUUAUAUUUAUCUCCGUAGCAUUUCCAUCCAUUCAUCUAUCUCCCCUCCGUGGUCUAGUAGAUAGAAGGUUCGAUCCCAGAGUUUGGUUAUACUUAACUAAAAUGUUGAUAAAGAUGGUACUUGUUGUUACCCUGCCUUGCACACGGCAUUACGGGGAUGGAACAAAAACUGGUCUGGGUGGGGGAUUCAUGUUAAAUCGCCGCAUGAUCUGAGUGGACCAGUACACUGGCGUAAGUCCAAACUAGUACAACAGACACACGUGCAUGCAUGUCACAAUCUUGAAGGCGACGUGAAACCCCAUUUUUCAUCUCAUCCGCCAAUCCAUGUUUUCCUGAUGUACUUAUUAUUUGCUGAAAUGUUUAGCAUCGCUUUGUUGUUGUGUUGAGGGCAAGUAAAAAUAUUUUUAAGCAUCGCUUCUUUGUGUUGAGGGCCAGUGAUGAAAUAUUUUAAGCAUUGUUUUAUUGUUGUGUUGAAAGCCUCGAUAUCUUACAUUUUAAGCAUCGUUUUGUUUAAUUGUCUGUUUGUUUAUUUAGGGACAGUGUUGCUCAUCAUAACAGAAAGGGUACACGUCAUGACCUGUUCGAAAUAAACAGUGAUGACAAGAA